GAAAAGGACGGCGAACAUACACGUCGGACAGAAUGCAAGGCGAAGAGAGUGAACCAAACUCCAGCUCACCUGCAACUGACGGCCCUGUCGAUCCCAAACGGGAGGCCGAAUCUCAAAAUGAUAAUUUUGCCAGAAAAGACGGAAAAGCGGUUCAAAUAGGGAAGAAACGAAUCACAUUGGCGGUAAACUUCAACAUGUCUCAGCAACAGUACAAACUUGCUCGAUUUGCAAAGUACGGUCCACCGCCCCUGACUCAAGAGCAGAAACUGAAGAAGGAGAAAGGUUUUGUUCUCGAUGCUCUAGCGGUUAGCACUCUAUCAGAUGACUCCGGCCGAGCUAAUCCGAAAAUGGCGACAGCCAUUCCACCGUACAAUGCUCAAAAGGACAGGCAUUCGAAAGGAUAUUUUGAAAAACCUGAUGUCAAAAAGCUUUUGAAAAAGACAGAUCAGGAGUAUCCUGGUGACUCAAUAGCAGGCAAGCAAAUGGACAAAUUCUAUGACAAAGGCAUGAUGGGUGACUACAUCUGGCAUCGCAACACUGCAGGGGCUGGACAUUCAACAAGUCAAGUGGGAGGUCAUGGAUUGUUCAUGGAAAACAUUUCUCCUCUUAAUGGUUUCAAUGGUUGUUUUGGAUUUCGUAGAAACACUCCUUCACUCCGAACUCACCCAUCAGUUUUCAUAGGGAAAAUUGACAGCCGCUCUGUAGUUCCAUGACAAGGCUGUCACAAUCUUUCAAGUAUAGAGAUUGACGAGAUAACUGGUGUGCCUAACCCAAGGCAUAGAACUGGUAUAGCUUUGAUGCCCAAGUGUGACUGAAUUUCUAUUCAUAGUAAUAUAUUUAUUGAUAUUUGUACCUCAAAGUUGGUCAAUCAGAAAGCAGCAGUGUCACUGCAUACAGUUUGGAGAGGGGUUCCAAGAACUCAGGCAACCAAGGACAUUUUUAACCUGUUACUGACCACAUAAUUAUGUUGGAGUGACCACAAAUAAUUCCGUGCCAUGGAAACUUACCUGAGUUCAAGCUUUUUUGUCUUGGAGCUCUGUCCUUGGUCGUCCCAGCCAGUGCAAACUUCAACAUAAUGUGGUUAUCUUGGCCAACUACGUAUUCUAUGACUUAAAAGCCUUCUUUUACAGGGAUGUUUGAAGCAUAAACCUUUUGAACCACCCCCCCCCCUCCCUUACAAGUGACCAUAAUGUAAAUUCCUCUGACAAUUUCAAUAUGCUAUAAGGCUGACAGAGUUUAGACAAGUCUAAAAAGAAAGUUUUGGCUCUCAACUCUCCCAUCUGGUUACACAGUGAUUGUCUCCCUCCUUAGGUUGGUCAGGUGGAUUACCAUAACUUCAGAAACAUUGCUAAGAUUUUGCCACUGUGCAGAAUUAAAAUAAAUAACUUUGGGUCAUCUAACAUGUUUUCAAAGUGACCAAGUAUUAUGGUGUCAGGCCCACAACGAUCCUUUUAUUGCCCCAAUUGGAAGUCACAUAAUUAGCGAAAUCAAUAUGGCUAUUUUUAAGUUAAGGGCUUAAGUAUGUGGAGCACACAGCACAAUCUUAGCUUAUCUGCAAGCCCCAUGCUUUGGAAAAUUUUUGUAAAAAAGUGUGGAGAAAAAAUAAAUGUAUUGCCAACAUUUGAGAGAAAAGGUUGUUGAUUGUUCUGAAGAUCUUUAAUACAGCCAGAGGUUGCUAGGGAGGUAAAAUACCAACUUCUCCAAACAGGUAAGGUGUAAUGUCAAGCACUGUCAAAUUCUAUAUAAAAAAAUAAAUAAUAAUAAUAAUAAAAAAAAAUAACAGGUAAGGUGACCUAGAAUAAUUGCUUUCUUCCUGUGAACUAGGUAAAUACUAUUUCCUUUUUCUGCCCUGAUGAAGAUCAAUUUUCAUAGCAGAC